AUGGACGUUGUGUCCUACAACACGUUAAUCAAGGCGUACGUGCGGCACAAUCUCUUUGACCAAGCCGUCUCCUUGUUGCUGACAAUGCGCGAGCAUCCAACACACAUGCCCAACACUGUAACUUACCAUGAGCUCAUCGGUGCAUUGUUGAAGACCGGGAAGGAGAUCCACAGGACAAGAGCUUGGGAACUGGUCAAUGAGAUGAAAGAAGACAAGGUCAUCCCCAACAAGCCGCUGGUGUCGAACUUGCUUCGAAGCUUGAGGCCCAAAUCUCACAGCUCUGAGAUCACUCGGGCAAUGCAACUGGUGGACUCUAUCCAGCACCAGGUUGACGAAGGGCUGCUGUGCACAGUGUUGGAAGCAGGUGUCCGUGUUGGCAAGGCUUCACUCGUGCGGUCGAAAUUGGAAUGCUUCCACGGCGAGAAAGCUGAGUGCCCGGUAAAGAUCACUGGUGCGCAUAGCUUUGGAUCCUUGAUCAAGGCCUAUGGCUUUGUCAAAGAUGUGGCCGGCGCCUGGAACUGCUGGCGGGAAAUGUCAGUGCAGCACCUCAAGUCCCUCGACUCAACUCGGCCCUUGAGUCUUAGCGCGCAGCGCCGAAAAGCCGCACUACGGUGCACAACCAACACUGGUAGCGGAGCGGUGCAAGACGGGACCUACGGGUUGCCGCAUCCGCCCUACCUCGGGCAUAGCCCGGAGGUUCCUCUGAGGAGGUCCAACAUGCCGGACAAACGGUCCUGGCACUCUGGCCACGGUCAUGGGUCACGACGGCCCGACCGACGAGAGGACCAUGGUGGAGACAGCGAGUACACCUACGAGUACCUCGAAGAUGAAGAGUCCGAACAAGAGGACGAGCCGAGGCAGGUGCGACCAGCACCUCCGGCAGCUUCCGCCGCGCCGGAACGGAAGCAGCGUACGGAUGGGUUACACCGGCCCCCUACGCCUCCGCGGGAGGCGCGUGCGGCGGAGGUUCCACGCACGGUGCCGCGGGAGCCGCCUCCUCCCCCACCAAAGGAGAGGAAGGAAAAGAAGGAGAAAAAGAAGAAGGCGGACCCCAAGAAGGAGCACAAGUCCGAGAAGGACAAAAAGAGCCGUCGCGGUGACCCCCACGACAGGCGUAGCAGGUCAACAGGCCGCCGCCCUGCUGAGGAGCGGUCCACAAGGCGUAGCCGGUCACCGAGCCGCCGCCAUGACCACCGGGAGCCACGGUCGCCGCCGCGAUCCCCGGUAGAACUGCGACGGGCGCCGGGACACAAUCCUUACCCGGAAGACAUGCCGUCAAUGAACACCGGUUCCUCGGGAAGUGGCAAUGCUGGUGCGUCUGGUGCACUGCCAACACCAGUAAGCCCAACCCAUGGUCCGCCCGACCUGGGGUCAGCUCUUAGCCCGGGUGACUGGGUGUGGGUGUCAUCCCCUGGGUACUGGGUGUUCGUGCCCCACGAAGUGCCCCACCAGAAGGGUCGCCACCAGUCCCCUGGAUGGGAAAGCGAAAAAGGGCGCCACAAAGGGAAGCGGCCCGAGUCCCCGAAGGGCUCGCCGAAAGGCCCUCCAAAAGGCCCGCCUAAAGGAAAAGGCAAAAAUCCCCCCAAAGGAAAAGAAUCCAAAGGGAAGGGGAAGAAGGGCAAAGGCAAGGGUCGCAAGAGGCGCAAAAACCGGCCUGGCCAACACCAAAGACGAAGGCAAGCCGAAGCAGCAGCACAGACCAGAGCCGAGGGAGGCCCGCGCGGACGGCGCCGCCGAUCCGACCGCGGUGGUGGUGACGAUGAUGGUCCGCCCCCCGCUGAAGCGGAAGGUGACGGCCGUGAUGCCAGAGACAUCCCCCGCCCGAGGGAACAUGGCCCAGGCGGUGGGGAUGGUGAUGAGCCCAGUGACGAUGAGGACGACGACGAAGGCGAUCAUGAGGAAAGGGCUGAGAGUGAGACCCUGACCCAUGACCCCGUCGUCGAGCCAUCAGAGCCCGAGACUCUGGAUCCAGGAGCGGCAGGUCCACACGGUCCUCCGGCUCCGGGUCCAAGAGGUGCCGGGUCACGCGCAAGCACGCCGUUGUUCCCUCCGAGACCCAUCGGGAGCCCGCCAGGAAGCUCCCUGGGAUCACGAACACGGCCGCGCCCAGCUCCGCCGAUCCUACCACCAGGAUCAGGCCGACGAUCCGCCAGAACUUCCGACAGCCGCGCACCCGCGUCGGUGACGCUGCCUAGCGGGUCUAAGUGGGAUCCACGCAUGGGUCCGGCCCCGGGCAUACGGUGGAAGUCAGGAGCUCCACCAGCGCCGCCAAAGUACACGGCAGACGCGAAGGAAGUGGGAUCGUUCGACCGAUACUCCCGAAGAGUUCGGCUCUGGGCAAAACGCGCAUCCGGCUGGAUGACGGACGGAGACGCAGCGCUCCUCCUCGUCGAAAGCCUGAGCGGCGCAGCCGAGCGCGAGCUCGAGUUCACGCCCCUCGUGGAAAUCGAGAACGGUGGUGUGGAGUUUGUCCUCCAGCAAUUGGAGGCAAGCUCAAACGAGCACCUGGUCUACCGCAAGCACCACUACCUUCGACAAUGGGAAACUGUUCGACGGAAGGUUGGCGAGACCAUGCGUGCCUAUAUCCACCGGUUCGACCAGUUGCACAAGCAACUGAGCCACAUCGACGUGGACGUGAAGGCCACCUACAGCGGCGAAGCCCUCGGACAUCGCCUUCUGGAAAGAGCUGGUCUGUCCACCGAGCAGGCAAGGAUGGUGCUGAUCGGAUCCGGACAAAGCUUUGCGUACCCGUCCAUCCGCGACAGCCUCCUCCUGCAGUACCCAGACACCCUUCCGGUGCCGGCCAUUGGCAGUGGGCCAGGCAAAGGGAAAGGGAAGGGUGACAAGAAGGGUGCAAAGCAGGUCCACGUGGCCUCUCACGAGGAAGGCGGAGAGGAGCCGCCAGAAGCCGAAGAUGAGGACAAAGAAGUAGCAGAAAUAACAGCAGCGAUCGACGUCUUGACGGUGACGGCACAGAAGUUGAAAAAUAUCACCCAAGGACGUCGGUGGACCGACGGAAAAGGAACGUCGAAGGAUGGUGACAAGGGAUCCACCUCGACCUCAAAAGGGAAGCCCUCCUUCUCCACGAAAGGGAAGGGAAAGGGCAAAAGCAAAGGAGACACAGGCAAGAACACCUCGCGGGUCAACGUCUGCGAGACGGCCCAGGACGAGGGCGAUGCCGACGACGGAUGGGAAGAGGCAAAUGACGGAGACGAUCACUACGACAACGAAGAGCAAGAGGAUGACCAGUACGAGUCGUUCUUCGUCUUCAUGACCAGCCAUGAGGACACCUCGGUGGUGAACCCCUCUCCACAGGUGUCUCAGGUCCUGGCGGUGGCCCCCCAGUCCGCGGCAGGCCUGAUGAUCAUAGACACAGCAUGUCAAAAGACCUGUGUUGGCCGCGGGACAUACCUUGCCCACUGCGACAUCCUAAGGUCUUUCGGCCUGCGGUGUCAGUGGACGCCUGAAUCAGAGAAUUUCCGAUUCGGCGCCGGAGGUCCGCAACAGUCCUCCAUGCUGGUGGCAAUACCAGCUGGGGUGGAAGGAGAAGCGAUGGUCAUUCUGGCCUCUCUCCUGGACGCCAGCAUCCCCCUCCUGGCCUCACUGCGACUGCUGAGCCAGCUGGGUGCUGUGCUAGAUCUGCCCAAACAAAGUUGCCGCCUCCACAAGAUCGGAGUGACGGUGCAACUGGCCAAGACACUUGGUGGCCACUUAGCCUUACGUGUCACCCAGUUCCCCAAGGAGGGAAUGCCACGGUCCGCAGACAUGUGGCACCACAAACGACAGCCUGGUGUCGAAGUCGUGCUCGACCCUGCAAAAAGCGCCGCCUCCGCCGACGCUGACGCAAGGGGAGAGUCCGAAAGCACCAAGCACACCACACGCAACACCGGGAUGGCAGAAGGGACUCACGUCCUCGCCGCAGCUGUCUCAGGCUCAAGCUCAGAAGCCCCAAACAGCACCGCAAGUGUCGGGAAUGCCGCCCGGACACGUCGCGCCCUCGCCUCCGCAAUGGCUUGUGGCAUGGCGCGAGGUGACGGUGGGUCUCCUGACGUUGCUCCCCCGUUUCCUACGACUGGCCACUCAGUGCCGUCGACUCGGAGUAGAGCCAGUGACCAGCAUUCUACGCCGUGGUCUGGCCCCCGAGCUGACGCCGGAGAACUGCACACACCCGAGCAACCUGAUGCUCCGGUACGGGAAUCGGCACGGCAGGUUCACGAGGUGCGCAAUGUGCGGCGCCCGGUGGCGCUGGGACGAAGCCAUGGGCUGCUGGCUCUCCUUGUCAGCAUCCUCGCGCUCGUCACUGCCACUUCCGAGCCGGGACAAUACCUUCCCAGCUGCUACGGCGAGCAAGGCAAAGGCCAAGAACAAGGCGAAGGCCAGGGCAAAGGCGACUUCCGCGAGUUUCCCGACCCGGGAUUUCUCGCCGCCGACCCGCACACGCCAAGCUCCACAAGAGUUCGAUCUCCAGAGCGUCAUGAGCCAAGAACUUCCGGACGACCAGAGCGAAGUAUUCGACUGGAACCAGCCCAGCGACUAGGGCUGAAGAAAGGUCAACGGAAGCAGCUCGCUGCACAGGCUCGACGGGCCCAUCAGGUCCUCAGCCUGGAGUACGCCAUUCUUGGAAGCGAGUUGGCGAAAGCAGCUGACGCCCGGCGGAGAGUAACACAUAGUGCCGACUUCCUACAAAUGACGCCAUGUGAAAGGGGUGAGAACCUCACUUCUGCAGGACUACGCUCCCCACAAGAGCAAUGGGACAUCGCGACACAUCGUGGUCGCAAGCAGUGGGUCGAGUCCUUGAUGUAUCACAAACCACUUGUGAUCGCGGUCAGACUGGCCGACUCCCCCUCACAUGGAACACCGGAAGUGAUCAACUCGGUCCUCCGAACUGUUGCGCAUCAACAGCGAUGCAGCCGAUACUGGGUCAUCAUUGCUCCCAGGACACACCCGGUGUGGAGACACCCAGGCAUAAGCCGUUUGGUGACGGAAGGACAACACUUCAUCACACGAGCCUCGGAGACCAUCGUGUCGAAUCACGAGUGGCUCACUCAGGCGUCACCAGGUAGUCCCACCGGACUGUCAGAACGGGUACGGAGGAUUGCCCGUGAAAUGGAUCCAACCCGAUUCCAUACGGAAGCCCCAGAAAGCAGGCGUACUCCUGCCUGUGGGGAGAUGGACAGGGUCUCCACGCGGCCCGUCAAUCACGAAACAUACUACCUUGAUUACGUCCAAGACCCCAAGACAUGGCAAGAGGUCAUGAAAAUGGUGGACGACGUCUUCAGGGGAAGUUCCCAGCAGCAGAUCACUCUGAGCCCGGGACACGACAUCCGGAAACAGGUGGAACUGCUCAUCCCAUGGCGGGUGGAAAGGAUCCAAAUCGCCAAAACACCAAGGGCGCGGCGAAUGCCAACUGAUAUCCCAUAUACCCACAGAGCCAACAUCCUACUAUACAACGACGAUGACCUGGCCUUCGAGUCAGAAGACGUCGGGAACGUAGCGUUCCCACGGCAGCGUUUCUCUAAAGGAGUUCGAUACGCUAUCUGUGUGUAUGGGUACGCGCCGCAAGACCCAGAUGAGGAACAGCCAGUGUACGAUGGUCCGCCUGACGGCCACUCACUGGACGACCCCGAGAUUCCUCCUGAGGAGGUCCGCGGGUCCGGUAUCACCAUGCCAAACUGUAAAGCCCCCCGCGACGUUAAACGCGCGGUAGCGAGGCUUCACGUCAAUUUAGGGCAUCCGUCCUCGGCCGAUUUGAUCCGAAUGAUCUCCCAGCAAGGAACGGUGAAUCCCGAGACGAUAGCAGCAGCUAAGGCCCUGAACUGCACAUCCUGCCUACGGAUGAAGAAUAACGCGCCACCGAGACCGUCCCGCGUGGUGACAAAGUUCAUGGGUCAACUGGGAGACAAUAUCCAAAUGGACAUCUUCUAUGCCAGAACGGUGGAUGGACAAAACCACCCCAUGCUCGGCAUCGUGGACGAGGCAACAAACCUACAGCAGGUAGCCCGUCUGCCUAACCGAGAGCCGGCAUCCGUUUUGAAGGCCUUCAGGGAGGUCUGGGUCCGACCAUACGGUAUGCCACACAGGAUCACAAUGGAUCAAGACGGCGCGUUCAUGGGAGAGUUCUGGACGUACGUGGUCGACCAGGCCACGGAAGCGGACUACGUCCCUCCCGAUGCCCACCAUCGGCUGGGUAAAGCGGAACGCUGCAAUGCCGUCUAUCGCGAGAUCUUGAAUCGAGUCGUGGAUGGUAUGGCAAUUGCCACCACCGACGACAUGGAACAAGCGAUCGACGCAACAACACAUGCUAUCAACAGCAUGCCCCGGACAAGAGGAUUGUCAGCGUAUGCCAUUGUGUUCGGACGGGUCCCUCGGGUUCCCGGAGAACUCCUGACAGACGAAGCUGCUCUCGCAGCGGAUGUUCCCACAGAAGAACACAACAGGCACGCCAUCCUCUUCAGGGCAGAAGCCCAGAAGGCCGCAGCGCAGGUCAAUGUGGAUCAGCACGUCCGCAGGGCAUUGCUCCGGAAAACGGCUCACAUGAGGGUUCAGGACAUAACCCCCGGAGCAAAAUGCGCUGUCUGGCGGUCUCAACUGCGAGGAAAAGGCCCCAAGAAGAAAGGCGGCUACGUCAUUGGUAGACUCGUGACCUUUGACGGUCGCUGCGCCUGGGUUCAGCUGGGGACACAAACGGUCAAGGUAGAUCGAAACCAGCUGCGACCGGCGUAUGGGUUCGAAUCUUGGGCCCCCGACGCAGAAGACAUACAAGCGCUAAAAGACGCCGAGAGAAAUCUGCUGGACGAUAACGUCCAAAGCCUGGAAGGACCACCCCCUCCGGACGACGAACCAGUCGAACCCACAGUCGUCAUCCCUCCAACGCCGUCAAUGCUGGCACUUCCAGCCCCCCCUACGCCCGCUAUGCCAUCAACCCCGGCAGCGCCGGCGCUUCAUCAGCAGCCAUCAUCGCCAAGAUCCCGCAGGGGUAAGAGGCAUACCGAGACGGACGCGCCAGCAAGGGCCUCCGAUCAAAAGCGGACGGUCACCCAAGAGGGAUGGGACGACGGUCAAAUAUCAAAUUUGAUCUGUCACCACGAUGAUAUCGGCCUGACUGACGAAGUCGAGCUUCAAGACUUCGGUUGGGACGGAACCGACUGGGAACCUGGCCACCCGGAGCGGCUGGUGAAUCUCGCUGAGGUCUUUGCCUCCGAGCACUCGGCUCCCGAACUUCCGUGUGAUCAAGAGGAUGCCAUCGAGGACUCCCACACUUCGUGGCAGGUCUGCUACGUCGGUGACCAAAAGGCCUUGGUCAAUACCGAGAAGCUGACUCGGAAGGAGCUGAAAGCGCUCAACAGGGAAGUUCCAUGGCGGGAAAUAGUCCACCAAGGAGGAAGCGUACUCCGAAAAUAUGUGGAGUCAGCUCGAAAGGAACACGAGCAAUGGCAAGCAUGGUCCUCGGUCAGACCUCUCAGCGACCAGGAAGCCAAUGCCGUGUUAUCCGAUCCCGUCCUCAGGACGCGCGUCCUAAAGAGCAGAGCCUGCUAUCGGGACAAAGCGCAGGGACAGGGAGAGCUGAGAGCCAAGUGCCGCGUGGUGGUGUUAGGCCACAGAGAUCCCGACCUGACCACCAUCUCACGCGAUGCGCCAACUCCCAGCAGACUGACCGAGCACCUUCUCCUGGUCAUCUACAUCAGCGGUAGGAACCGCGCGUUUCUUGGCGACAAAAGAGUGUGGCGAUUAUGGUGUGCAGACGCCACUACCGCAUUCCUGCAAGGGACACAGCAGGACGGAGAGAGACCCAACAGGCUCUUCAUGCAGAGUCCGCGGGAUCCCAUUCUGCUACAGGCAGGUGCCUUCCCAGCCACAAUGUACGAGAUACACGGAAACGUGUACGGGUUGGCAAACGCCCCCCGAUUGUGGAGUCUGGAAGUAGGCAAGCGCCUCCUGUCCGCGGGAUUCAGGCCACACGCCUUAGAUCGCAUGUGCUUCUUGCACUACGACAAAGAAGGUCGUCUCGACUGUAUCAGUUUGGUGUACGUCGAUGACUUCCUCGUCACCUACGCGGACAAUUUUGAUCUGACCAUCAUUACCGCACUGUUCAAAUGGGGCAGCACAUCAAACGACACGGAUGUGAUCACCUUUAAGGGAAAGCAGCUCCGAACAACCAAGCGGGAUGGUAAGUUCGUCCUCCUGGUUACCCAGACCGAAUACAUCCGGUCACUGGCGCCAGGGAAGGUCACACGACAGAGAGCACGGGGUGACGAACAACUAACUGAGGCAGAGCUGCAGGAAUUUCGCAGUUGCUGCGGAGCCCUACAAUGGGUCGUGGGACAAACACGUCCAGACGGGUGCGCCACUGUCAGCCUGGCGAACCACGGAAACGAAAGCACCCUCAGCGACCUAAAGACAUUGUACGGUCUCAUGGAACACUUCCAAAUGACAAGCCACGACGGCUUGGUCUUUAAGGGCAUCCCAAUCACCAAGGAGACAGUCUUGGUGACGUACGGGGACUGCUCGUGGGCAAAUGCCCAGGACUACAAGUCCCAAGAAGGACUCCUGGUGUGUCUGACGACGCCCGGAGCACUCCAAGGCCCGACAGAUGCGGUCAUGAUCGACUGGAAGUCGACACGGACGCCGCGGGUCGUGAGAAGCACGAUGGCUGGUGAAGCUUACGCCGCCGACGAUGCUAUCGAUCGUGGAGUCUACGUCAACCAGUGCCUUUGUGAGUUGAUUUUCGGUGCAAACGCGUCACCACUAUCCAACCCACAAUACCUCAGGCACCUCCACGCCACGGACUGCAAGUCCCUGUUCGACGCAAUCAUCGCGUCUAACUUCCAGACAGAAGAGAAGAGAGUUGGACUCACGGUUCGGUCUAUCCAAGAGACCAUCGGACCAAACGACAUGCGAUGGGUUCCGACCGGCGCCAUGCAUGCGGACGGUCUUACCAAAAUAGCAGAUUGGCUACGAGCCCAGUUCCUGGCCGUUGCCAGCAACGGAGAUGUGGAUGGUGCCCACGAGCUCAUCCAGCGGCUGUUGGAAGACAAGGAGACCAAGUCCCAGGUGAAUGCGGUGAUCUACGGCUCCAUUCUGAAAGGUUUCAGUCGCAAGAAGCAUAUGGAUCGAGUGUGGGAAGCGUUUGACGAGAUGAAAACUCAUGGAAUCACCCCAACUCUGAUGACGUUCAACGCGAUCAUGGAUGGCUGUGUGCGAAAUGAAGAGAUGAGCAAAGUCGCUGACCUCGUCCAGGAGAUGUCAGUCUACAAUCUUGUGCCCAAUCUGAUCACGUACAGCACCAUGAUCAAGGGCUUUUGUGCAACGGGCGACAUGCAGUCAGCUUUUGCAAUUUUCGAGCAGCUUCAAAAGGGACGCGAAAGUCCAGAUGAGGUUGUGUACAACACUCUUCUGGAUGGAUGCUUGAAGGCAGGCAUGGCAGAUGAAGGAGAGCAGCUGUUGGAGGCUAUGAUGGCACAGGGACUGGCCCCGAGCAUCUACACUUUGAGCGUCGUGGUGAAGCUGCUGGCAAAUGCCAAACGUUUGGACAAGGCUUUCAAGUUGGCGGAGGGUGCCUCCUCGCGGUUCCGUUUCCGUCUUGGGGCACAACUGCAAACGGCACUGCUCCAGGCCUGCAUCUCGUGCCGGGCUUUCGAUCGAGGGGCCCGCUUCUACUUGAAAACACACAAGGAUCGCCUGUCUGCCGACAAGAAGAUUUGUCAAACCAUCAUCCGCGGCCUCUUGAGCACUGGCAAGGCAGAAUUAGCAGCAGAUCUUCUGAAAUCUUUGCUGGGUCUCAAUAGCACCUCCGAGGAAGUGAUUCGACACCGCGCGACGCAAGAAAUCGACGAGGUCUUGGUUGCUGAAGUCAUCAGCGCCUUGCUUGAGCAAGGCAACAACUACAGACAGGCUGAGCAGAUCUAUGAGAGCUUGAAGGCCUUGAAGCCUCGCUUCGUGUUGGACGCAGAGCUUCUGAAAAAGAUCCGCCAGCCGAAGGAACUAGUGCCGAGAUACCGAGAUAUCAAUUCAGCCAACGCUUCGAGCACGGCCAAAGCGCGCCGUGCCAGGGAGGACGCACUGGCAGAUGCACAAGGCGAUUUGGCAUCCGAUGAAGAUUCAGAGGCUCCGGUUGCUGCAGAGGAGGAGGAGGAGGACUUCUUUGAGACUCCAGAUGAGAAACGAGUGAGACUCGCCAAGGAGUAUCUCACCAACAUGGGGGACACUCGAACUCCUGAGCAGAUUCAGGAUCAGCUCACCAAGCAAAAGAAGACCAAAUUUAGCGUCUCGAACCUAACCUUGGGAGAACCGCGCUUUCUCAAAGGGCAUAAGAUGGCAGCAACUUGUGUUUGUCUCAAUUCCGACGAAGGUACAAUGUACACCGGCGGCAAAGACUGUGCGCUCAUUCGCUGGGAUGUUGAGACUGGCAAGAAGGACGUCUUUCCAGGUGGCCGGAACCGCUUCGAAUGUGGUGGGCACUUCGAGAAGGUCUUGAGCCUUUGCCUGCUGGAGCAGCGGGGAUUGCUUGUCUCCGCUGGCGUGGACCGAGUCGUGCGUCUCUGGGACCCUCGCUCGCCUGCAAAGAGCAGUUGUAUAGCUUCUCUGCACGGGCACAGCAAAGACACCACCGCGUUGGUGCCUGACCUUGGGGAGGAACAGUUCUACUCCGGCUCUGCUGACAAGUCCUUGAAGAUUUGGGAUGUGGGUUCAAGGAGGUGCAUGGAGACGCUCCUAGGUCAUGUGGGUGCUGUAUCUUCGUUAGACCUUUUGAACAAGGGCCGACCACUGAGUGGCAGUGAAGACAAGACAGUUCGUUUUUGGAAGGUGGACAAGGGAACUCAUUUGAUGUUCACAAGGCACACUUACGCCGUUGAUGCAGUUUGCAUCUCAGACCAAGAUCGAUUUGUAUCUGGUGGCCAGGACGGCCGCCUCAUGCUUUGGUCGAGCACUUCUAAGAAGCCCUUGGCCACAAGCUCCCUAGGAGAUGGGAAGUGGGUGGCUUCCCUGUCAGCUAUCAAGCAAGCCAAUGUCUUCUUCUCCGGUUCCGUUGAUGGAGCGCUUCGUUCUUGGCGUUUUGGCCGAGAUGAGGAGGGAGAGCAGAAGGGACUGCAGUUGUUUGAAGCCGCCGAGCCAAUCAUGGCUCCCGGGUGCAUCAAUCAAAUCGCAGUGGGAAAACGUCUCAUUGCUUGUGCAGUUGGAAAGGAGCACAAGUUCGGGCGGUGGUUUUACGACAAAAAGGAGAAAAAUGGUGUUCUCUUGGUUCCUCUCUCAUACAAGGAGGGCUGAGCCACCGGCAGGGUUUGUAAGACUAGCGCUGCAGCUGCACAAAGGGUGCUGGAUGUACAUAGGUCGCAGAUUGGAGGUCAACAGGUCUCCCUUUAAGCCCAGUGAUACAACCUGGCAGCUGUUCAAAAUG